GUCUACCACCCUCAUACCGUCCUUCCACUUGUCACCCCCUCACUCUCAACUCUCACUCCUAUUUCUUUCUCUCUCCUAUUUCUCUCCCAUCCACAACAAACCAAUACUCCAACUAAAAACCAGGACUAACCCUCUUUUCACCAUACAACCCUACAACUUGUUCUAACACAAGAACAAUUUAACUCCACCCCCAUUCCUCUUCCCAUUCUCUCAACUCACUUUUUCAUUUUUCUCUCUCCUCUUUUUCUUUUCUUUUUUGUAUGUUCACUAUCCAUGGCUCUUAUGGUGGAUCAACAAACAAAUUUUAAGCACUUUUGUAGGAUUUGCAAGAAGGGUUUUAUGUGUGGGAGGGCUCUAGGGGGACACAUGAGAGCUCAUGGGAUUGGAGAUGAGAUUGGAAACAUCGACGAUGAUGACCCGGCAAGUGAUUGGGAGGAUAGAGGGAAUGUGCCGGCGAAACAACGGAUGUAUGCUUUGAGGACGAACCCUAAUCGGUUAAAGAGUUGUAGGGUUUGUGAGAAUUGUGGGAAGGAGUUUUCGUCAUGGAAAUCUUUUCUUGAGCAUGGAAAAUGUAGCUCUGAUGAUGCAGAGUCCCUCGUAUCCUCGCCACCGCGAUCAGACUGCGGUGGCGAGGAGAGGAGGGGGUGUCAACAAUGGUCAAAGAGGAAGAGAUCUUUUAGGGCUAAAGUGGGAAGUUUCAAUUCCAUGUGUCCUUCAAGCGAAGACGAUGACAUUGCUGCCACAUGCCUGGUUAUGUUAUCGAAUGCUAGGGUUGACCCGUUGGCGGCGGAUCAGCCAGAGGAGUCCUGCGCCUCCGCCAGCAAGGAGGAGGAGCGACGGAAUCCAGUAGCUUUUAUUCCUCCGCUCUCCACGCGGACCCCCCCAGAAAAGGCAAAAGGAGUUGCAAAAGGAAUGUUUGAAUGUAAAGCAUGCAAAAAAGUAUUCAAUUCCCACCAAGCAUUGGGUGGCCACAGGGCAAGCCACAAGAAAGUAAAGGGCUGCUUCGCAGCCCGGCUUGAUCACAUCGUCGACGACGGAUUAGCCGACGACGAUGUGAUCACUCAAGAGGAGUUCUUGCUCCCAUCAAAAUCCACAUCAAGUUUUCUGCUCGAACACAGUCCAAUUUCUCCGGUAGGUGGAGCUUCCAAGAGGAAAUCAAAAGUCCAUGAAUGCUCAAUAUGUCAUAGAAUUUUCUCGUCAGGACAAGCAUUGGGAGGGCACAAAAGGUGUCACUGGAUCACUUCCAAUUCCCCAGAGACUUCUUCGCUUGCAAAAUUCCAUCAGUUUCAUGAUCAUCAUCAAAUUGAUCACAAUCACAUACAUCAAAAACCCAAGUUCAGUAAAUCCGACACACUUGAUCUUAACCUCCCGGCGACAACAAUUGCAGGUGAUGAUUUGACCGGAAUAAGGCGCGACCCACGAAACCCGUUGAGCUUUGAAGUGUCCACUGAAAUACAUUUACAAUCAUGGAUCGAUGUCGAUGCAGAAGGAAAAAAGUACACCGAUCACUGCCACCACCAACACCACCAACACAAUGAUGAUCAUAACAACGAUCAUUGUGAUGAUCAUAACAACGAUCAUGACAACGACAAUGAAAACGACAACAAGAACAAUAGCAACAAUAAUAAUGAUAAUGAAUAUAAUAAGAAUAAUAAUAAUAAUAAUAAUAACAAUAUUGAAAUGCAAAAUGUGGAUGAUGAAGCAGAGAGUAAGGUGAAAUUAGCAAAAUUAAGUGAGCUGAAAGACAUGAACAUAAGUGGUAGUUCCUCUCCAUGGUUGCAGGUUGGGAUUGGUUCAACAACUGGUGUGGGUGCUGCUGACCUAUAAACUCUUUUUUUUUGUUUUUGUUUUUUUUGUUUAUGAAAACAUAUAUAAGUAUAUUUUUUACUAUACAUAUUUGUAAAAGAAAACUGUAAUUACACAUUCAUUCACAUUGAACAAUCACUCAAAUCUUUCUUCAUCUUUUAUAAUAUUGUCACAUUUUUGCUUGUAAAUUUUUAAUGGGUCCAUGUGAACUUUCAUGUGUGACCUGAC